AUGCGGCCCGUGAAGGACGGGGUCGAUUCUGGAUACUCCACAGCCGCUUCCUCGACGACCAGCUCGACAGCAAGUCUUCCCCAAGUGACCUUGACCAAGAUGCAUCUCGAGCAUCUGAACAAGCAGAUGUCGCGGAUGAGUGCUCUUGACCGGCUCCGCUUCGCCACAGUCAUGUUCCCGAAUCUGUACCAGUCGACCGCGUUCGGCUUGACCGGCCUCGUCACCAUGGACAUGCUCGCCAAGAUCCAAGCCGAGUCCCCCGAGGCUCCUUCAAUCGGCACCAUCUUCCUGGACACUCUGUACCACUUCAAAGAGACCUACGACCUGAUCGACCGGGUCAAGGCCAGGUUCCCCCAUCUCACCAUCCACAUCUACCGCCCCGACGGUGCUGAGAACACGGCAGAAUUCGAGGAGAAGUAUGGCGAGGGCCUGUACGACAUGGCCGAGGAGUUGUAUGACUGGAUCGCCAAGGUCGAGCCUCAACAGCGGGCCUACACCGAGCUGAAGGUUGCUGCCGUGCUCACUGGUCGUCGGCGAUCGCAAGGCGGCGCGCGCGACAGCCUCUCGUACAUCGAGGUCGACAACGAGACCGGCAUCAUCAAGAUCAACCCCCUGAUGGACUGGAGUUUCAGCCAGGUCAAGUCGUACAUCACCGAGCACGACAUCCCAUACAACGUCCUGCUCGACCAAGGAUACAAGUCGAUUGGUGACUGGCACUCCACCAGCCCCGUGUCCGAGACCGAGGACGAGCGGGCUGGCCGCUGGAAGGGCCGGGCCAAGACCGAGUGUGGGAUUCACAACAAGAUGUCCCGGUACGCGCAGUUCCUGAGUGGCCAGCAGGAGCAGCAGCAGCAAUCGUCAGAGCAGGAGCAGCUCAGCUCCGCGCUGGAAAAGGUGGAAAGGAGCCAGCAGAUCUCGGUCAUGUAG